AUAGAUUGUCUUGUUCCUCUCUUGUUUUAUCUUCACAACCACUCCAUAAUCACCAAUUGGCCACUUUCAGCAAGAUCAUGGAGGGGGAGGAGGAGUUUUGCUUCCAUGAGGUGAGCUUCACCGAUCGAGAUGGUCGAUUAAGAACAACCCGAGUGCCAGUGGUGCAAGAACUCAGCCGUCGAGGAGUCACCCGAUUGCCUGAAAGGUUUAUACAGUUGAAAUCGGCCCAUCAGGACGAGGCUCAAAACUUCACCAACUUAGAGAUCCUUCAAAUGAUAGACAUGAUUAAAGUACGGGCCGGGUCUGCCGAGGAGCUAGCCAAGCUAGCCAAGGGUGCCAAGGAACAGGGCAUGUUUCUGAUCAAGGAGCAUGGCAUAGGCUCCGCUGUUUUAGACGAGGUGAAGUGUGUGGUUCAGGAAUUCUUUGGGCUGUCCUUCGAAGACAAGAAGAUGUGUGUCGGGUCGUAUGCAAGCGCCGAUAACCUGGGAUAUGGUAGGAAUUUCGUGAAAUCGGAUGAUCAGAUAUUGGAAUGGAUAGAUCGGUUAGCAGUAAAGGCUUUGCCUAAGGGGGCAACUGAUGGGCUCCAUGUUUGGCCUCAAACGCCAGCCAAUUUCAGGCGUGCAAUGGAGACUUAUGUGGAUCAAGCCCGAAAGGUCCUGGACCAAGUCCUGGAAUCCCUGGCCGAAUCGUUUUCCCUGGAGAAGCACGUGUUCCUCCAGUCCUUCGACCCCGGAAGAUCCGAGGUGAAAGUCCGGGUGAAUUGCUAUCCGCCCUGCCCAAGGCCUGACCUGACAAUAGGCCUCAACCCACACACUGAUGCAAGCGCUCUGACCCUCCUGGUCCAGCUUGAUGGUGGCACCAGCGGCCUCCAGGUGCUCCAUGGCCAGGACCCACAGAGCUGGAGGACCGUGGAGUGGCCCAGAGGUGCAUUGCUUGUGAAUGCCGGCGACUUGCUUGAGAUAAUGAGCGACGGGAGGGUCAAGAGCCCUUGGCACAGGGUCAUGACCCAAUCCGAAGUGGAACGCAUCUCCAUCGCAUUGUUCUACAACCCACCCUCCGAUGCAGAGAUCGUACCCGUGACAGGAGGGAGUGGGAGUUAUAGGAAAGUCGUGGUCGGCGACUACUGCAGGCAUUACUAUAAGAUUAGCCCUACUAAGACUAAAGAAGCUAUAUUGUAUGCCAAACAAGAGAGUUAGCGAGGGCCGAGUUUCUUGAUUUACAUCUGUCAAGCUCUAUGUAUGAUUUGUCGAAAACCUUAUGUUCUGGAGGAAAAAUAAUUUACCAUCAUCAAGCUCGGUAUA